AUGCAUCUGCAACGCCGCGAUAGCGAUGCCACAACUUCCGCCCAAGCCUCAAAAACCACCGGCAUCCAGACGGAUCCCAGUGCAACACCCUCCGCCUUUUCCAUCCCACAGCCGUUUGAUACAGCCCUAUCGAACAACUUCACCACUCCUUGCGCUGCUUGGUUCCGUAGACUACUGACCAACUCUACCUUCAAUGCGUGCCAUCCAUUUUCCUUAAUGCUUCAGACCUCCAGCGGCUUCUUUGAUGCCUCGAAAUCCUACAUUGGCAUCACCAAGACCCUCGAGGCAACCUGUAAUGUCAAUACGACAAUAUGCCUGGGCAAUAUGAAUGCACUGGCCAGAGAACUCAGGGACAAUGCAAACUGCGCCGUUGACUACGCCAACGACAAUCCCCAGGUGUUGCAGGCAUAUAAUGGGCUGGUUGCGUACUAUCCGCUGUACCAGGCAGGCUGCUUAACAGACACCGAUGGAAGAUAUUGUUUCGCAAACGCUGUUACCAACACAACCGCUACAACGGACUCUUAUCCCUACUACCUUCCACUCGGCGUGAGCAUGCCCGGUGGCGCACGACCAACUUGCAAUACCUGCCUACAAAACGCGAUGGCCAUUUUCUCAAACUUCGCCGGGAACAGCACGCAGCCAAUCAGCAAAACCUACAACGCAGCCGCACAGCAGAUUGACCUGUCCUGCGGUCCCACGUUCAUAAACAAAACGGCAGUCCCGCUCAAGGGAGCAGCCUCGGCAACUGCCCCGACAUUCGCACCGACUAUUACCUUGUUUAUAAUGAUUCUCUUCUAUUUUUUUAAUUAA